AGAGGCAGGAAGUAACAUUUGCCGAGCACACGGUGGUCGCCACACAGACUCUGCCAUCUCUCUGGGGCCAUGAGGGGUCUGCUGACCACGCGGGAGCAAGAUGGCUGGAGGGAGCUUAUUAACAAGGAGGCCUCCUGCAGGGUCAGCUGGAAGGCAAAAUACGGGCACAAAUACCCCAGGCGGGUGACUGACUAUGGGGUGGCCAAGAGGAAGUGUUUCUUGCCUGCCAUCUGCCCUCCUGAGAAGAGUGCAAGCUCCCUCCGGUGUCAAGAAGUAACUGUGCAGAAAGAGGACAGGCGGCAGCUGUCAGGGAAGGAGGAGAAGCAGCAGGAGGAAGGCCCAAGCCUUCAGGAGCCUCUUCCCGAGAUGAGGGUUCCCACACCACAGACAACUCAGCUGCUAUACCAGGGCUUCUCCCAUGAAGGCAAAGGGAGGCACCACUACCUCAAGCAGAGGAAGAUGAAGAGCCCUGAGGAGAAAUUCUGCUAUCCAGUGCUGUCGUCGUGGGAAUAUGGCUGGCGCUUAGGUAAGAGUAAUGAACCAGUAAUGGCUAUUGCAUGGAUCCCAGAGCAUGAGAGGCAUGCAGUAGGCUUAAGAGAAUGCUUCACCAGUGACAAGAAAUAUUUCAAGUUGCUUCUGCCUACUUGCUUCCCCUACUUUGUCUUUGUGAGGGAAAAUUAUUAGGGUGGAAUGCAGUGCAGCGCUGUCUGUUGUCCAUAUGUAAUCUCCCCUGCCAUGACAUGCUUAAAUUUGUUGUAGGACUUCCCCUGAUCUCUAGCAGAUUUGGGAAGGCACAGGGCACUAACAGGAUGUGUCCCUGACAGCUGUCUGUCUUUCCUUAUGCACAUAUGCCGGCUCCUGAACAGUUUUAAGUAUGGUGGCCCACUUACACAUUGGCAAAAACCUGAGGAAAUGUAUCUCCACAAAAGAGGCCAGAAAUCGGCGCAGUAUUUUGCAUAAGGUAAUUUAUAUGUUUGCAAAUUUGAAAAUAAUUAGUAUAGGUCAAAUGGGAAGACUGUGACCAGGUGGCCUGUGUGCCUGCAGUCCAGGUAUCAAUUGUAGAUUGACAACUCCAGUGAUGUCUGUCUCCUUUGGAGCAGACUGUUCUUCAGUAGAGGACUGUCCUUUCUAAAGUAGGCCGCAUGGUCACCCUCCCUUUUAAGCUUUGUUCAGAAAUGCAUUUUUGAGGUGCAGGAGCUAAAUUGUACCUUCCGCUUACUCUAGUUGCCCUAUGCCUGCCUUUCUAUCUGUUACCACUUAGCAGCCUUCCUGUUUCAUUCUGCAUAAGCCCCCAGCAAACCACUGAAUUGCCAGCUAAGCAUUAUUCCGUGAGUCACGGUGACAGAAGCCAAUCUAGUUCUGUAUGCCAGAGUCUGAAUAAUGUUUCAUUUGUUUACAUGGUGACUUUGCUCUGAGUGUAAGUGUUAAGAAGAAAUACAAAACAGUAAGAACUAAAUAAAGUGAAGCACAAGCUGGUGAUGUUUGCCUGGGAUGACGCCACCUUUACAGGACCCACUUCAGAGUCCAGAUCCCCAUGCAGUCAUGAACCUUUGGUCAGGCACCAUCUCUCAGCCUAACCUGCCUCAUAGGAUGGUUGUGAGGAUAAAAUGGAAGGAGGGGGAAGCCACAUUCAAGCUCCUUGGAGGAAAUGACUGCCUGCCUGCCCCCAGAAUGGUAGAAAUUAGGCAGGUGAAGCUUUUAAGAUAAAAUGAUGGGCAAGGGCGCACCUGCUGAAUUUCUGCAUAGUCUGCUGCUAUUACAGACAGGGGAAAAGUUUGCCAUCAUCUAAGCCAGGCAUAGGCAAACUCUGCCCUCCAGAUGUUUUGGGACUACGACUCCCAUCAUCCCUAGCUAACAGGACCAGUGGUUAGGGAUGAUUGGAGUUGUAGUCCCAAAACAUCUGGAGGGCCGAGUUUGCUUAUGCCUGAUCUAAGCAUUUAUAUCUUUUAUUAAUAGUGGAACUAAGCUGCUGUUUUGUGCAUUAUUGUUUUAUGGAGCAGAGUUUUGUUCAGUGGGAGCUAUAAUGCAUUGCAGCUCUUCAGAUCUAUCAGCCUCAUUCCAAAAGACCCAAACAGGUUUUAGUGCUUUCUACUUCAGUUAAGAGCACAUGUUGGCUUUAGCCAAUUGUAAACGCAGGCAACUGAAUGAUAAUCUUGGUCAUUUGAUAGCCCUUUUUAACCAUUGUUGUCUUUUUAAUUGUAUAUAUUGCUUGUUUUAUGUUGCUAUGGCUGUUGGCUAAUGCGAAUAAAGUUUAUCUAUCUAUCUACAGCAUAGGCGGAACUACCUGAGCAGCCCCAGGAAGGCGAUGUAGUCAUUACAGCUACAGGUGGUGAACUCAUGAUUUGUAUGGCAGUCAGUUAAAUGCCUGGUGAUGAUUUCACCAAAUCCAGGAAAUGGAUGACAGGUUUAUACUGCUCCUUGCUUAUCAGUUUACAAAUUGUGACUGUUCUGUAAGGGAAUCUGAAAAUCACAUCAUGUGGCAGCUGGCAUUCUGCUUUAGGUUAUCUUAGGCAUGCAAUUUUUAAUGCUCAAUUACACAUUUAUUUUUCCAGGAGACGUGGUUAAGGACAUGAGGACACCAAUUCAUGGCAAAUCCCGAAUUGUAAAGGAUACUUUCUACUUCAAAAACGGAAUCUUCUAUCAUCCAUCAAAAACUGACAAGCUGUCAUGAAUAUUGUUGCUAACUGACAUGUGGAAAUGUUUGUGCAAUGUUGCCUAGCAUGGGUAUUUGUUGUGGUAUUGGAUCAGACAACCCUCUAUAAUUACUUCCCUCCAUAAUUACUCCAUCAGAUUUAGAACUUGCUUCUAGCCUUCCUCUCCCUUUAGCAUGUAGCUCUGCUUCUUGUGUGAUUGAUGCACAGCACCUAUCAUUCUGGCAGAGUAACUUACUGGGUUCUUUGUCAAGGAUGUGUAUAUAACCUUGCAUACAUUUGGGACCAGAGUCUGAUUUAGAGCCAAUUAAUUCAUAUGGCUGUUGUGAUGUUUCUUGUGAUAGUUUCCUUUUGUGGUGACACCUUGAAAGAAGACCUGCCGUAGGCUGAUUUUUUAAAAAAGCACCUAUCACAGUUUAUACUAAGAUGAAGUUAGAGAACUGCUUUGAAAUUCAAAAAGGGUGCAGGUCUGUAACAAAAACUUUUGUGACAAAGUAUUCCCAGUUCUCCAGGUAGUGGAUCUAUGAAAGACCUUUGACUGAGGCCUUGGAGGGCAACUGGCAGUCAGAGUAAACAGUAUAGGAGUAGAUGGACCAAGUCUGCUCCAUUAGUGAUUGGGUAUAUUAUCGUAUUCUUCCCUGGAGGUUGUGUGAGCUGUUGUAUUGGUUCUUAGUCAUGGGGUGGAGUACCACAAUGACUUUACUAUUUUCACUCAUGGGAGCGAACCCAUCAUUCACUUGUAUAAUAAAGGUAGACUAUGAGGAAUUUAUAGCCGCAAUUAUGUGUAUGUCAGACAUGGGUAUGCUGAUCAGCUGGUCAGUCAUGGAGACAACGAACUCAUGGUGAGCAAAAAUUCACAGGACACAGCCCUCGGAGACUGGUAGCUCUGUGGUUUUUGCUAUUUUUCCUAGAGCUCUUCAGGCAUGGAUGUGACUGACUUGUGAGAGUACUCUGGUUUCUUUAAAAGAUCGUGUGAGAAAGCCAUGCUUUGCUGUGUGUCAUAUGCACAGCAAAGCUCAGAUUGAGCAGGAAAUUGAUCCAUGAGCCAACGUUGCUGCCUGCAGGGGACAGAGACCCCCAAGUGAGGUGAACCUGGGGCUACCAGAAUUCCCUUGUUUUUCUAAGGGUUAUUUUCAGAUAUGUGAUUCCCCACUCCAUAGAAUAGUCAUGACCGCCUCAGAAUGCCCCUUGUUUCGAAAGCUUUUUGCUGACAGGCCUCCAUUGCUCCCAACUGCUGCGUUACAGCCAGGAGAGUGAACAAAAGCUCUGUUGUUACUCGCAGCUCGAACAAGCCUGGCUGAAAAACAUGAGAUUUAAAAUUAAAAUGGGGGUUUGUGUGGGUGCUCAUGCUCAUUUUAAGGGUGCAUAAGGCAGGCAUGCUUUUCAAGGUUGUCUCCACAGCUGUGACAUACAAGUAUUUUAUAUGAAAAUUGAGAUACCCGAAAAAUUGAAGGUGCUCCCUGGAGCCAAGACAAACUGUGCUGCUGCAACUCACAGCUUGUGUUACCCUCAUUCUGUAUACACUCAUACAAUGGACUUUGUAACUUCAGCUACUCUCCUGAUUUGAUCCGGAACCAGGGUGGUGAUAAUUUUUCUUUCGUUCUUGGCUUUGUUUGCUUGAGAAGUCGAAGAGAUCCAGUGACUCACUGCUCCACAGAGACCAGUUGACUAGAACAAAAUAGCAUAAAACAAGAGAGCUGCAAAAUAAAUUUAGUGAAUGGAACCAUAAAUUUAUGUGUGCUAAUGUAUCUAAAAGGUGGCUCUUUUUCAAGUAUAUGUGAAUAAUUUCAUAGUGUCUUAUGUCUCACUUGACUGAAAUUUGAUAGUAACAUGAAAUAUACUUUCAGUGUUGUGAUUUACUACAGGAAUGUUGUCUAAUGGGCCAGCAGGGAAUAAGGGAUGAAAAUUUCAGUCCGUGUGUGAUAUAUAUUGCUGAUAUUUUAUCUGCUCUCAGUAAAGCCACAACUUAGUCCUGCGAUUCAGCUUAUGCCGAUCCAUGGACUGAAUAAGAGGCUGCGUCUAGACCAGGCACCUCCAAACUCGGCCCUCCAGCUGUUUUGGGACUACAAUUCCCAUCAUCCCUAGCUAAUCCCUUCAUCCCUUAGCUAGGGAUGAUGGGAAUUGUAGUCCCAAAACAGCUGGAGGGCUGAGUUUGGGGAUGCCUGGUCUAGACCAAUACUUACCCCAUUUCAUUUUGGUUUUAGGCUUCACCAUCUCUUUGCAUUUCUCUGGACAGGGCUCAGGACAGAUAGCAGUAUGAUAAUUAUUCUACACCCUCCCUGACUAGCAAAUGACAAUUUAAUAAAAACAUCUUCUGGAUAUAUGGAUGUAGGAAGCUGCCUGAAUUCAGAUCACCGGUCCAUCUAGCUGAGUAUUCUCUGCACUGGCUGGCAGCAGCUCUCCAGGGUUUCAGAUACUACUUUUUUCUAGCUGUACCUGGAGUUGUCCGAGAUUGAACAUGGGAAUUUCUGCAUUCAAAGCAGAAGUUCUACCACUGAGCUAUGGCCCUUUCUCAUGCUUGGCCAUUGGAAAUCUCUUCCCCUAAAGACUCGCUUCCUCUAAAGACCCCUAAAGUUAAGGAAAAGCCACAGGGAGCCCCUCUUUCCAUGCAAAGCCAGUGAACUUAAGAGAACACAUCAAUUUCUGGCAAUGCAAGUGUAGGAUUUUAUUUCCCCAAGCAAUUUCUAUAUGUGCAUACACAUGAAGGAUGAAUGAAUGAUUCACAGGAAGAUCCACAGCCACCACACAAGCAAAUCAGGAUUAACACUGUCAUAUAACUGCCCUGCAAACAAAGUGGAACAAAAGCAGGAUGAAUGUCCAAUAAGCCAGUUGUCUGAAUGAGCCCCACAUCUGAAACUGCUUGCCUUAUGUGGGUAUGUUACUUUAGGCAGCAUUUCAGCUAGGAAAUGACAUCUACAUUACACAUAGAUUUUGUAUUUGAGAGUGCAGUAUUAUUUUGAUGAUGGGAAAUAAACGAAGAGGUGAUCUCUAAGUUAAGCACAGCUUUCUUUGGAGAUCCCUUCAGAAAUACGGACCAAGGAGGAAGCAGCAUGAUGGAGCCAAACUAUUUUUUGGCAUCCUAAUCUACGGUGAGCCACCUAUUUUAAAAGGUUAUCAAAACAGCUUCACUGAAACUUGCUUGCUUAUUUGUUUUGUCUUCCCAGAAUUGGUAGUAUUUCCUGCACAGGAAUUUUUAAACAGAAGCAGGCCUUUAUAUCAAAUCCUGCAAUUAAUUUGUCUAAUUAGUUUACAUAGAAGCUAUAGCAAAUAUGCUUUUUAGUAUUUUAGCCUCAUUUUAUAAAAUAGCACAUGCAUGAACAUUUAGUGGUGAGGGCUUGAAGCUGUGCUAAUUUGUACAGGAGGAAGGGCGUUGUGAGGAGUCACUAGUAGAAUGACAGGAGUGUUGUCUUUGGAUGUGGGAAGCCAGAUUUUUAAUCCCCAUUUAGCUAUGAAGCUGCAUGGGAGGCUUAGAAGUCAGACUAGUCAGGAAGCCAGAGAAGAAAAACAGCAAGAGGAAACUCCUGACUCUGUCCAGACACAACUAAGCCUAGUGCCACCUAGUGACUAAAGGUUAUAUUCAAAGAAGGGCUAAGUCACGUCCCUAUUAGUGCAAGGAUUUCUGCUUGAACAACAAAACUCACCCUGUGUGCCCCUUAAAUUUGUACUAGGGGUUCUGCCAACACCCUGGAGCAGAUCUGGGGAGGGGGUGGGGGGUGGGGAGAGGGGAAAAGUCCCACUGCCCAAAUAGAUACCCAUGCACUGUAGAGACACAUUUAUUGAAGGCCACCCUACAAAAAUAGAAUAUACAGUGGUACCUCCGGUUGCGGACGGGGUCCUUUCCAGAGCUCCAGUCAGAUCUUGAGGUUUCCGCAACCAGAGGUGCUGCUUCUGCGCACGUGUGCGGCACGAAAAAGCACUUCUGCGCAUGCGCACACGGCGAAACCCGGAAAUAUACUUCCGGGUUUGCCGCAUGCGUAUCCCGAAGGAUACGAAAUAAGAGGUGCACAUAAGUAGAGGUACCACUGUAAUCCCCACCAUGAAAUUUACAGUGAGUAUGUAAUUUGAAAGUAAAACCUAUAUUCUAGAACGCUCAUACACAAUUAAAAAACCAAACCACUAUUCUCUUCUGUGUUAACAAUGAUUAAAUAUUUGCACAAAGAGAAUGGGAGAGGUUUAGAGGCAUUUUAAACUUCACAUAGCAUAAACCUUCCCAAGAAUGUGAGCUGAGAACUAAGUGGUUCAAAUGUCACAACUAUAAAUUGCACUAGGGGUGUCUUAGGCCAGGCACGAUCUUGCAGCCUCAGCUUCCCCAUGUGGAAUGUGGGGAUAAUACUGACCUGGCCUACGUAACAAUAAUCCUCUUACAGAGCAAUCUUUUAGUUUGAUGGGACUUAUUAAUUUGUACAUUUAAGAUUGCAGCCUUUGUUAACCUACCUCACAGGGUUGUUGUGAGGCAAAAUGAGAACCGAGUGUACACUGCACUGAGCCAUUUGAAGGAUACAGGUGUGACACAUAAUGCUGAAGAUGGGAGAGUUUCAAUCCAGAAAAAGGAAGACUGCAUUUUACUCACACAGACUUAAUAUUUGUACAUUAUGGAAAGUUUGGGGAAUUAUUCCAAUCCUCACACCUGUGUUCAUUCCAAUGGCUCAUUCAUUUUUAUCUGUAUACAUUUUUAAAAGACUAUAUGUUAUUGCAGGACUGUGAAAAAGAUGUGGUUAGAAAUCUGUGCACUAAAUAUGGCCACAGCCUGAAAUAAGAACCUGGGUGGUAUUAGCAGCAGCCAGCCAUAAAAUCAACACCACCUUUCUCGAUGGCCACACAAAGAUUUUUCUUCUUCACUUUCCCCCACCCGCUUAAUGCAUCAGGAUGUAUACAAUUUGUGGAGGUGACAUAUUUCAGGUAUCUACAAGGGGCAUGUAGGUUAUGAACAGAAAAGGCCAGGUGAAUCCUUGACAUUUCUGCUCCAGCAAAAAAUAAUAAACACUUGUGUUUACUUUGGCAUUACACAAUAUACUUACUUUUUGCUUGUUUUUGUCCUCAUGGGCUAUGCUGAGCUAUGAAUGGCGGGAGGACAAGGGGGCACAUUGUGGCUGGGUGGCUAAAGGCCAAGCAGUUGAAAAGUUAUGGUUUUGAUUAAAAUUGACAAGUUAACACUGCUUAGUUUUCUUCUUCUCAUUUUUAAUUGUUGUGGGGUUUUUUUAAAUUCCCGCUUCAGAAACAGAGAUUUGAGCUUUCAUAUCUGGCAUAAGAGGAGGGGGUCCUCAGUUUCCUCCAGACUGUUCUAGUCUCUCUCGGUUGUUACUUUCCACUUUGCUGGUCAGGCAGCCCAGAGUGAGAAAUCAGAACUUGUUCUAUCAUUCGGUUGAAUAUACAUCAAUAUGUUACUUCAAAACAGGAGAAUAAAAUUUAAAACACGGCAAAAAAUGUUUUAUGGGAGGUGGAUUAAUGAUGUCACAUCUACAGCCCAAUCAGCACUAGAGAUGGAAGGAUUUGUCAAUUUUGUUUCUUUCAGUUUCUCAUUUUCCCAUUCUUAAAUUCAAUCCUGCAGCAACUAGCAAUUUGAAAAAAACAAAUCAUUAAAAUUAUUCAGCAUUUUAGUGUGAAUUUCUCCUAAGACACAUAUUUGUAUACAGCAAUAGAUUCAUUUUUGUAAAUAUUAUUUGGCUGGAGAACUCCCUUGAAAAAUUCAGAUAAGUGCAGAUUUUGAUGGUUAUACUUGUUUUGGUGCUGACAUUGUUUUGGAAUGUAUGAAAUCGAUUGUACUUUAAUGAAACUGAAUUGAAAUGCCCUCCCAUUCUUAACCAACUCUACCCAAAUGACUUCUGCUGUAGACAGAGUGAAUUGGGACUCAACUACACGGCUGCAAAUAAAACAUCUAAAAUGUGUUGUAGAGUGCAAUAUACAAAUGUGACACUAGAUGACAAAAGUGAGCUAUGCAAAAUUCAAUGUAUUUUUCAAAAUGUUUUUUUAAUUAAAAAAAGCAUUUUCACAGCGUU